AUGUCGUCAACGCAAUACCCCCCGGUCGACGACCGGGAUAAACACCCGCCCGAGAACAUUCACGAAGGCGAUCAAGACAGUCGCGAUGAUCUCGAGUCGGGCGAGCCUGAUGUCGCCAACAUUGAGCGCAUCUACCGGAAAUUGGACUUUCGCAUCAUCCCCGCCUUCUGGGUGCUGUAUUUCCUCUGCUCCGCUAUUCGAUCGAAUGUUGGGUUGGCGCAGACUAUGAACGCCGACGUCGGGCAUGAUCUCGGGUCUGUCUUGAAUUUGACGCCGCAUCAGAUCUCGACCGGGUUGGCUUUGUUUUAUGUGUGUUAUGUUGUGUUUGAUCUGCCGUCUAACCUGAUCAUGACGCGGUUGAGCCCGCACGUCUGGAUGAGUCGGAUUGUCAUCAGCGUGGGCAUCAUCGGGGCGUGUAUGGCGGCGAUGAAAGCCGCCUGGAGUUUAUAUCUCCUCCGUCUCCUCCUCGGUGUCGUCAUCGCCGGCAUGUGGCCCGGCAUGGCCUACUACCUCACCCUAUUCUACCCCCCCUCUCGCACCGGCAAACGCAUCGGCCAAUACUACACGGCCGCGCAAGUCUCCGCCGCCGUCGUGGGUCUCGUAUCGGCCGGAUUCCAGAAGAUGGACGGCGCGCACGGCCUCGUCGGCUUCCAGUGGAUGUUCCUCGUGUACGGCGUCAUCACCGUCGCCGUCGGCAUCGUGCUGCUCUGGUGGCUCCCCGACCGGCCCACGGCGCCUGGCGAGCAGCCUCCCCAGCGCAAAUACCUCUGGUGGAUCCCGCGCAGUCCGCCGGCGCUGACCGGCCGCGACGCCGAAAUCCACUACUACGAUCUGAAGCGCGUGUAUCACCGUCCGCAGUGGACCUUGCGUGAUCUCACGCGGGUGCUGCUGGACUGGCGAUUGUGGCCGCUCUUGAUCAUGUACUUUGGCGUGGUGGGCGUGGGCAUCGGCGUGCAGAACUACGCCACGGUUAUCAUCAAGGGAAUUAACCCUAGUUUGAACGGGAUUGACUUGAGUCUUUUGACUGCUCCGAUCUGGAUCGUACGUCCCCUCAUCUAUCUCAACCAUCUCAUCUCAACUACAUACUAA